AUGUUCGAGCGUAUCUACCACCAUUUCCUCUCUGCGCUGCAGCAGAAAGCAGACAUACGUCGAGUGACAUCCAAGCCGGACGCUCUGCGCUACCUCAGCAGCCCCUCUCCCCCUCACGCUGUGCUCCUUUGCGACGCUGCCAUCACCGAGAAGGAAUUCCGCGACGUUCUGGACCCACUGGUAUCCUACGUCAAGCGCGGAGGCACCGCCGUCUGCAUGGGGGUGUUCAGCGGUUGGGCUUCCCCGGACGACCUGACCGCGAUGUUCGCGACCUCGUGGGAUCUGCCAUGGAGCUUCGAGACCUACGGGCGCUACGACUGGGUGGUGAGCCCGUAUCCAAAGGGCCUGGAUGUCAAGGGCCUCGCGAAGGCAUACAACAUGAAGGCGGCAGUUCAUCUGAAAAAUGUGCCGCGCGAGUAUGCAGUGUAUCUCCCGACGCCCGCGUCGCGCCUGGAGUCGAUGGUGCACGCGUCUACGCCAAUCACAGGGGACAAGGCGAAGGAGAGUCCGGCGGUGUGGGCGCGUGUCGGCGACGGGUAUCUGGGGUACAUCGGAGACGUGAACGGGGAGCAGGGCACCACCCGACUCACGCUCGAGAUGUGUGAAGUG